CCCUUUCAAGGCAGCCACAGAUAAUAACAUGCAGAGAGAGAUUAUCUGUGUUCUUCAAGCCAUGUCAGAUACGAUUAAAGAGGAGGAGGAGAGUAAAGAACUGAGUGAAGUGGAGGAGAAACAUCAUGUCAAACCUGGAGAAAAAUAUUUGAGUAGCUCAAAGACUAAAAAGACAUUUUUAAAGAAAAGAAGAGUCAAGAAAUCUACAAACUGCACUCAGUGUGGAAAGAUUUUCACAACCAAACAGAGCCUUGAUGUUCACAUGAGAAUCCACACUGGAGAGAGACCGUUCACAUGUGAUCAGUGUGGAAAGAGCUUCACAACCAAACAAAGUCUUGAUGUUCACAUGAGAGUUCAUACUGGUGAGAAGCCGUUCACAUGCGAUAAGUGUGGAAAGAGAUUCUCAAACAGUCGUAAUCUUGAGAUUCACAUGAGGAUCCACACUGGAGAGAAGCCGUUCGCGUGUGAUCAGUGUGAAAAGAGUUUUACACAAAAAGGAAGUCUUAAGGAACACAUGAAGAUCCACACUGGAGAGAAGCUGUAUGUAUGCAGUCAGUGUGGAACCAAUUUCACAUGCAAACAUAGUCUUGAUGUUCACAUUACAGUUCAUACUGGAGAGAAGCCGUUCAAGUGUGAUCAGUGUGGGAAGAGUUUCUCAAACAAUUAUAGUCUUAAGAUUCACAUGAGGAUCCACACCGGAGAGAAGCCAUUCACAUGUGGUCAGUGUGGCAAAACAUUUCUUACCUCAUCAAACCUGAAGAAACACCUGACAGUUCAUAUGAAGGAGAAGCUAUAUUCAUGUUCUGUGUGUGGGAAGAGUUUUUCACAGCGGCAAAGUUUACAAACACAUCAGAAAAUACAUACUGGUGUGAGAGAGUACAUGUGCUUUGAGUGUGAGAAGACUUUUACUACAGCAAACAUUUUAAAAAAACACCAGAGAAUUCACACUAGAGAAAAACCUUACAAGUGUUCACAUUGUGACAAGAUAUUCAGUCUCUCAUCAUCUCUGAAAACACAUGAGAGGAUCCACACUGGAGAGAAACCUUACAAGUGUUCAGACUGUGACAAAAAAUUCAGUCUGUCAUCAUCUCUGAAAACACAUGAGAGGAUCCACAUGGGAGAAAAACAUUACAAGUGUUCACACUGUGACAAGAGAUUCAGUGUGUCAGCAAAUCUGAAAAGACAUGAGAGGAUCCACACCGGAGAAAAACAUUACAAGUGUUCACACUGCGACAAGAGAUUCAGUGUGUCAGCAAAUCUGAAAAUACAUGAGAGGAUCCACACGGGAAAAAAACAUUACAAGUGUUCACACUGUGACAAGAGAUUCAAUCGUACAACAAAUCUGAAAAGGCAUGAGAAGAUCCACAACAGAGAGAAACCGCACACCUGAAAUUUUGCCCAAAAGUCUAUAAGGUUUAAUAUGAACAAUUAUCAUACAACACUUUGUUUGGUAUCAUUUUAAAUGUCUCAGUGCGACUGGUACAAAGGUCUCAUUCCCACAGAGGUGAACCCAAAGGUAAUAAAGGUUUUAAGAGUUUAGCGAAAAUUAUGUGUCAUGAGGUCCAUCAAUGUCUCCAACAACUCCAGGGAAGCCCACAAUCAACAUAAAAGUUGUUUGUUUUUGCCGCAUGGUUUGAUGAUCAGUUGGAAAGUCAAUGGACUGCCAUUGUAGUGAUUUCCAUUGUAGGAAAUUUGACAUCUUCGCCGUGUCCUAACCAGCCGUGACGGCGACACGCGAAUAUUCUGUUUUAGAAAUGGUUUGUAUUUCUCUGCGACAUCACAUCUGGAACUGCAACACAAAGUAUGGCAAUGAUAAUAUCAGGUACUGUUUGUGCUUUAUUUAAUUUUAAAAGCAUCUAACAUGAGUUUGAAUAUCAUUCUCUGUUCCCAGCUUUUUAGCUGUAAUGAAAACAACACUGGCUAAUUCACCUCAGAUCUUGAAAAUAAAUAAAUGGGCACAAGAACAUUCAAACUGUCAACUCAACACGAACAAACAAGUGUAUUCUAUGACAAAGAUUGGUUCAGUCACUCCGUAUAUACUUUAAACAAUGUUUAAAUUGUUAUAUUUAUGAAUUUUACUAUGUACUUGCCCAUUUCAUUGUGUCUGAUGUGCUCUUGUCCAGAGAGCCCGCCCACACUCUCUUCUCAUUGGCUGUGGUUUUUGAUUGAUUUUAAUCGCUUCCCAUUGUCAUGCCUAGAGCCACAUUUCCACCGCAGGAACUUUACCCAGGAACUAGGAACUUUGGAGUGUUUCACCUGCAGGAACCAGGGUCUAAAUGAAGUACCUGUUCGUGAAGUAGUACUUUUUCAAAGUUCCAGAACUUUUGGGGGUGUCUCUUUGUGUUGAAUAAAAGUAUUUCUGAUGAA